UUCUAGCAGAGCAGGCAAUCUAAAAGGUCGCGGCGAAUAGACUCAGAACCAGAAAACUGUCCAGGCCAGACAGAGCAUCGCCCAAAAUACGAACCAGAUUCUUCAAGGGGUUCUGUUGACUGGGUGUGCCAGAUCCGGAGGUUACCAGCAGGGGUGCCGUCUGGAAUCGAGCUCAGGAGGCACAGAGGAAUGAGUCAUGACCUCUGUGGUGGUUGUAGAUAGUGGAGGAGCUAUACUGGAGUACGUCACUGCAGAGGAGACAGAGCAGGUGGUGUGUUCUGAUGGGCCAGGGCAUGAAGAAGGGGAAGUACAGUAUCCUGCGGUGGUGGUGGAACAGGUGAACAGUGCUGAAGUGGAACAGUGCUAUGCUGCCCAGGUCCUGGUUUAUGACAAUGACUCAGACCUGAUGCAAGGGGUGGCAGAGGAACAGGUGGUGGAGACGGAGAUACAAGAUGGUGGCACAGUGGAAGCCUCAGCACAGGCUGCGGGUGGGGAGACUAUAUGUGUGGAUAAGACCAUAGAGGCAGCUGAAGCGCUUCUCCAUAUGGACUCUCCAGCAAGCCUCGGAGCUGACCAUAGCCCAGAGGAGUUUUUGUCUGAAAUGGAGGUGGAGGUGAGCACUGAGGAUGCAGAGCCUAUAGAAGAGGAGCUGACUCUACUCCAGGAGACUGAUACCCAGAAAAAGAAGAGAGCUGGGCGCAAACCAAAACAUCCGCCAGUUUACUCUCCAGAGCCUGCCAUCAAGAAAAGGCAGAGAGAGAGUAGAGGUACCACCACGUACCUGUGGGAGUUUCUGUUGGCACUGCUACAGGAUAAGGAGACCUGUCCUAAGUACAUCAGAUGGAUGCAGAGAGAGAAGGGCAUCUUUAAACUGGUUGACUCCAAAGCUGUGUCCAAACUGUGGGGCAAACACAAGAACAAACCAGACAUGAACUAUGAGACCAUGGGAAGAGCACUUAGGUAUUAUUAUCAGAGGGGCAUCUUGUCCAAAGUAGAGGGCCAAAGACUAGUGUACCAGUUUAAGGAGAUGCCAAAGAACAUUGUUUUCAUCGAUGACGACAAGGCUGACAUGCCUUCUGACCCCGUGCCCCCACCCGCUGCCACCCGCAAUACGCCUAAAGCAAAGGGAGUGACCUCACCUGCCACGUCCAUGCCACGCCUCAUUAACGUGACCACUGGAACCGAUACUUUUGUCUCCGUGCAACAGUCUCCUGGUAACCCCACCACCACAGCAGCAGCUCCCAGGACCGUCAGGUUGGCCAUGCAGGUUCCUCUUCUCAUGACCACGCCGCUGGGCCAGAAGGUUUCCACGGUAACGGUGAACUCACCAGGUUCUGGCUCUCCCGUCCUCGCAACCCCCGCUAGCCCGGUGACCCCAAACUCUGUGCCGGGGGGAAAAGUACUGAUCCAGACUCUGCCCACGCUGGUGCCAGCCACAGGCCAGAAUGGGGAGAGAAUCACCCUACAGCUGAUCACCCUCCCCGCUGGGCAUGUCAGCGCUGCCCAACCUAAAAGCGGCGCUCCCCUCACUCUGCGUACCCUCGCCCCCGUCUCCGUGCCCACGUCCACGACACAGCUCAUCCGCUUGGCCGUGCCCGCUGGCGUCGCUACGACAGCCAAGCAGGUAGAACUGAAGCCGGCGAUGUCGUUGCAGGACGUGAACAUCGUAAAGGUGGAGUCUCCGGAAACGUGGGCUGAGAGUACGGUGCAGGAGCAGACAGCGACACACACAGAGGAGUCCUCUGCAGCGCAGAGCUGAGACAUGGCCCUGCCCUCCAAAAUCCACCCAAACAUACCAGCACUUAGAAAUGACAUUUAGAUGAGUGUUCCCAGAUGUAGAACUGGUGGAUGUAAUUUUGACAACUGAUUGAUUUUGACACUAGGGGGGAAAAAAAAACCCUAAUGCCAUUUUCAAAAAAGGGACACACUACAGAAUACACACAGAUAUGGAGACUCUGCCACAUGCCUCAUCAUACUAUGAACACACACA